AUGUCUCAUCGUACAAUUAGCCCUACUUUAGACAAGCUUUUUAUUGUUGAGAUACCACGUCAUCGUAGCAUUCACACCGAAUGCUCAAACUCCAUUAAGAGGUCCGAAUGGGCAGAUGAUCAGGCUGUCAUGACAACCUCUGCCUCCGUUGCCGAUAUCAGGGAGCGGUUUGAACAAAUUUUGAACAGUAUUAAAAACAGAGAUCAAACUAAAGAAAAGUGGUUGGAUGAUAUUUAUGAUCUUAUUUGUGUUCACCCACAAAGCAAGACUAUGUUACAAUGCAUUUAUGGCUCUAGAAAAACAAUUGUUGAGUACGUUUUAGCGCCUUGCUUGAAACGCUAUUCAAAGGCUAACUCAUCCGGCGAUAUGAUUGCACUCAAGGUCGUUAAGGAAUGUCAUGAUAUUAUUAAACUUAUAUGCACACUUAUCAGUGGAAGUAAUACCAGCAGCUUUCCUUUUCAUAAUAAUAUCUUAGACUCUCUCUGGCUAACACAGCACAGACUUGGUCGUAAGGAUCGAUCAGCACAAAUUGAAACAAUCAAGCUAAUAUUACUUUCCAUUUCAUCUAUUAAUGCCACUAAAUGGCUUAUUAAAAUUAGAAAAAGCGUUGAAUGUGUAUCUUGCGAGGAUAUUUACUUGGUACUUGCUCGAAUGAUUUUGCAAAAGUUGAUAUCUGAUAUACGUUUGAAAGAUAAAGAGAGUAAAUAUGGAAAGUACCAACAAUUGGUUAUGUUAUAUCGGGAAAUAAUAAAGUCAAAAGGCAUUUUGAAAACUGCAGAUGAUAUCAUGCUUCAGCAAACAACUUUUAGAUGGAAAAACAACGCUAAAAACUUGGAAAAAUACCGCAAAGUAAACAGGCAACUGCUACUUUUAGAGCUCCAUAAAAACCAUACUACCAAAGAUGCAAGAAAAAUAAGUAGAGAGAGCAAUACACUUAGAGGAGGCAAGUCGAAGGAACUUUAUCUUAAACUCAAAACAACUUUUUGGACAAAUGAUAAAAGCGAUUUAGCUGGAAAUACAUCCCCAGUUCACACAAGGUGGCAAACAUCAGCAAAAUACAAAUUCCAGGAUCGAUUUUGGGAGUUUUUGGGUUACCCUGUUGAUGAAUAA